UUUUUUUUGUUUCUUUUCCUUACUGUCAAAACCAAAAUGGAACCCUUUACGCCUUUUCAACAGUGGGAAAUAGCCUUUAUUUAUUCUUUUGCUUGUACUUUUAAUAAGCAACACGAUAUUGCACCUAACUUUUUUAAACUACCCGACUUUACACCUGAAGAACUAGAACAAGAACUAAGAAAAGAAGAGAGUGAAUUAGUUCAUGGUAUUAUUUGUGCUUGUUUAGGCAACACAUUGAACCGUAAAAAUCCUGUGGAGUCUUAUAAAAUGGCACUACAACAACUUGUUCAAGAUAAAAUAAAAGCAUAUGAAAUUGAUUUUGAAUCCAAUCCCCUCGUCAAACAACCCUUUAGUACAUUGUCAAUCGAUAUCAAGUUGUCUAUAUUACGUUCAUUAGUAGAAUGGCAGUUACAAGACAGUCAGGCAGUCAAAAACAUCAUUGAAUUUUGUUACAAUAAUACGCCUAGAAAUCAAAUUAAUCCCAUCAAAGCACGUCCUAUAGGUACUGAUAGUAAGAAACGAGCUUAUUGGCAAUUUGGAGCAUCAUGUUGGAUUUGGCGUGAAAAAAUCAAUACAAAAAAACUAAACGAAUGGGAAACUGUCUGUAGAGAUCGUCAAGAAUUAGAAGCACUUGUAGAAACACUAUCAGAGACUAAACAUCGAUCUGAGAAAGCAUUGGCCAAAUGGAUCAAAGAGACUUUGUACCAAAUAGCAGAUGAAGAAGAGCGGAGAAAGUUGCGUAAAGAAAGAGCAGAACUUCGAAAGGCAAUUCCAGUAGAAAUCAAUAUUACACCUACACAACUUAGAUCAAGAGGCAACCGACAAAAGCGUGUACAUUAUAAUUAUGAUGAUAUCUAUGAAGAAAUGGACAAUGAUAGGUCUUCUGAUUUUGAAGAAGAAGAAGACAUAGAGGAAAUCACUCGGAAAAGUAAACGAUUACGUGUGGAUACAAAACCACCUACAAGAUGGAGUAGUCGCCUUAAUAGAGAACCAACAAAUGAACAGAAUGAUAUAGCCAGUGUCUAUUAAAC